GUGUACUGAAAGCUUACUAUAUUAAACACGAAAAUAACAUUAUGUCAACUCGCUGAUAAGAGCUUAGAACAAAUUUAAAACAGAAACUACAAAAAUCAGCGUACCAUGGCCGAGCCCGAGCAGCCGGUUGUUAGUAGAUCACAGCGAGUUGUCGACUACGGCAGCACAAUCCAGACGAGACCAGCACGCCGACUACCCUCAUUUGUGUUAAUCGAAUCUCCGCGACGAUAUUCAAAAAUGUCCCACAACAAACUGUCCCCGGACGAGCCACAGAAUCGUUGGCAGAGAUUGGAGUACUUUCUGAACGUUCUCAAUCAAAUCUGCAUUGGUUUCGUGACCAUCUAUAUUUCAUAUCUGACACUGCGCACUGGACUGCAAGGAACUAGCCUGCAUGCUUGGCUGGUCACCAUUGGGUUCUCCUUCUUUAUGGCCGAGGGUGUCAUGGUCCACUAUAGCGGCAAUGUUCUCACACAUAGCUACAAGCGGCAUACAAAAACCACAAUACACUGGAUACUCCUGACACUGGGCGGAUGCUGUGGAGCAUCUGGGGCCCUUAUCAAAAUGAUACAGAAAGGUUUUUCCCUGCACUCUACGCACGGGAAGCUGGGUUUCACUGCGUUUAUACUGUGCAUACUGGCCAUGACCUCUGGCCUGAGUGCACUCUUCUCCACCCGGGUGAAAAGGCUGAUUGCCCCAUUGCUGAACAAGACGUUUCACAACUUUCUGGGCUUCGCUUGCUUUGUCAUUGCAUUGGUGACCCAGUAUUACGGCUACCAGACGGGCUACUUUACGAGUCGCAGCGAGACGGACUUUCAAAUUCUGAUGAAGUGCCUCACCCUCACGUCGUUGGUUCUGUCAAGCUAUGGCCCAAUGAAGGCACUCUAUCAGAAGUGUGAAAACAUUUCGCGUCAGUUUUAAGGUGCAUGAUAUCACCACGAAUUUAUCGAAUGUGCAUAAAUAUAAUUUUUCAUAAUUUAA